AUGGCAAAGCCUUCCCCGGCUUUCGCGACCCCCCUGCCGCAAUCCUCCCGGUCCGAGGUGCUUGAAUGGCAGUUCCCGAAGCCCCAUCAGUACACCUUGGUCGGCAAGUCCCGCGCAGCAUGGCAUACCAGCUUCGUCAUCCCCCAGCUCAACAUGCUCCUCGACGCCGGCCUGGUCGUCAACGACUCUCGCCCGAAGCACAUUUUCCUCACUCACGGACAUACAGACCACUGUCUGCUCGCUCCCGCCUUCACAAAGCGUGAAGACCCACCAGACAUCGUCUGCCCCGUCGAGAUGAAGAAGGCCUUUGACAACUUCGUCCUCGCCAAAACACUGCUCAACCGCGGCGGGAUGUUCACGAGUGAUGACGCUCAGUCUGUAGGACUCGAGCUGGAUGGCAAGGGCGUCGACGAGGAGGGCCGAACGGAGGGAGAAAGAGCCUUCCUUCGCACUCACACCACCAUCGCAGUCAAGCAUGGCGAUGAAGUCCCGCUUCGUAAAGUGAAGGGCAUGACCGCCACGGUCUUCAAGUGCGACCACAACGUCCCGAGCGUGGGAUACCUUUUCUCGACGACCAAUCACAAGCUGAAGCCAGAGUACACAUCCCUCGCAGGCCCGGAAAUCAAGAAACUGCGUCAGUCAGGUGUUGAGAUCACGGCGCCUGUUACGACACCCAUCUUUGCAUUCCUUGGUGAUACGACUGCUUCAGUGUUGGCUUCUGAGCCUGAGUGGUUGAAACAGGGGGUUUCCGUGGUCAUCACGGAAUGUAGUUUUCUGUAUGAUGAGCACGACGCGCAGGCCGAGAAGACAAAACAUACGAAAUGGAAAGACCUAGAGAAGGUGGUGCGGAAAUGGCCGAAGACGACUUUUGUUCUCAUUCACUUCAGCAUGCGGUACAGCAACAAGGACAUUGUGGAGUUCUUCAAUGGAUUGGAAGAUCCGCCGAAGAAUAUCGUUGUAUGGGCUGAUGGGCAACCAGAGUAG